UUAAGAUGCGCUUGUAAUCAUACUCAGUUAACUAGUUUGUCAGCCUCAAUCAUUUUCUCUCUCAUCACGUUGGCGCCUCCUUUGCGUUCUGUGGGACGCUUCACGACGCUGACGGCCUUUCCACAUACACUCCGGCGCAUAUUCGGAUCGGACAGCAGCAACGCCUGCCUGUGCGAUAGAAGGGCGGCUUCUACACUUGGCAACGGGACUCUUGACAAUAACCAUCGGGGAAACUCGACUGCAUCAUUGCACCUCAUUCAAUGCCAGCACAUCCCCGAACGACUCAUCCUGCCUGAACUUGCUGAGAAGAUUGAACGGGAGAGGGCGCAACGCCGCAUACCUAUCCACCGCGGCAUCCCCCAAAUGAGUUACUCAAUCCAUGUCAUCACCACCCCCACUGUCGAUACACCAGGGACAACGUUCCUGCUUCGUACACAGAAGCGGAAUUAUGUCUUCGGUAGCGUGGCGGAAGGCACCCAGCGGGCUAUGGUGGAAAUGAGCACCCGCUUGACCAAGGUGCAGGAUUUCUUUCUGACCGGCAGAAUGGAUUGGGCUAAUAUGGGUGGUUUGCUUGGGCUUACAUUGACGUUGGCUGAUUCGGCCUCGUCUUCGUACCAGACUUCCUUGGAUACCUGGAAGAUGAGCAAGGGUCAGAAGAAGGCAGCCGAGCCCCAACCACCAAGGCUCAACAUGUAUGGACCACCGAAUCUAAACCACAAACUUUCAACGGCUCGACGUUUCAUAUUCAGAAAGGGCAUUCCAACCACUGCUACAGAAUUCAGAGACGUCUCUCUGCCCCGUGAUACCAAUGGACGCAUACAACCCAGCUGGCAGGAUGACUAUAUCGAUGUCUGGGCUUUGCCUCUAUCUCCUUCGUCGGCAAAAUUGGACGCAGAGGAAGAAGCUAUGCUCCUCGCGCAAUACAACAAUUACGAUACUAACUUGAACACUUUUGAGGAAUUCCAAGCGCCGGAAAACGAGUCACGACAAGACCAGGAACUGCGGUAUGGGCGCAUACGCCAGGCAGUGGUUGAUUACAUGUUCAAUUCGACCUGGAACUUUGAUACUUUGGUCGAGCAACAUAUUUCCGAGGUUGCCUUCCCAGCCACGUUGUUCGUUCGCAACCCAAACACUCACCACAUUGAGCCGUACCGCGGACCGAUGCCCGGUGGCAAAGAACCUGUCCCUGACAUAAAAGUCUUAACACGGACUCCUUGGCCUGGUGCGAAAGUGCUCGCGCUCCCACCAACGAGGCCAGCGCCCGAAUCUAUCUCCUACAUCGUACGUGCCAAAAAGUUUCGCGGUACCUUUGAUGCCAAACGCGCAAAAGAGCUUGGUAUCAAGCCCGGUCCCUUGUUCGGCCGUCUGAGCAAUGGCGAAUCCAUAACAAACGACAAGGGGGAGAUAAUCACUCCUGAAAUGGUUUUGGGGCCAGACAAACCUGGGCAGGGAUUCGCCAUCUUGGAUGUUCCUUCGAUAGAUUACCUGGAUCGAUUGGUUGAACGAGAGGAACUACAAUCAGACGACAUCAUGGAUGGUGUCCAGGUCUGUUUCUGGCUCCUGGGCCCUGGAGUUUCGGGACAUCCUACCCUCCAACAAAUGAUGAAGAAGCUGAAUCGACUGGAGCACAUUAUAUCAUCGGUGGAUACUUGCCCGAAUAACCUGACUUUUGAAUCUGUGGCUGAGCAGACGGGUCGCCUGUGCAAAAUCGAUCCUGCUCGGUACAACAUACCCUAUUCCGACGAUCAGAGCUUGCCCCAACAUAGCUUAGCUGGAAUGCAAGCUGCUGGAAAAAGCAAAAUGCCGGAGGGUGUGAAAGCGGCGCGGAAAGGGCUGGCAUACGACAUCAUGCCGGCCUUCAAAAUGAGAGAAACCCCGCCAUCUGUCGCAUCCAGCUUUAACGACAGAGUGAUGGCCCGCAUGGAUGCGGAUGUGCUUCAAAGCGCCGAAGAAGCACGUCAAGCUGUUCAGAAUGAUGCGCAAGCCUUGGCCACGUGGAGAAGCCUGCUAGCACGACCUGACACCGAAGUGAUCACUCUAGGAACUGGCUCUGCCUUGCCCUCUAAAUAUCGAAAUGUGUCUGCUACCCUCUUGCGGGUCCCUGGGGUGGGCAACUACCUAUUUGAUUGUGGGGAGAACACACUCGGCCAAUUGCAGAGAAUGUUCGAUCACGAAGAAUUAAAAAGUCUCAUCAAGGACUUGCGGAUGAUAUGGAUAAGCCAUCUGCACGCGGACCAUCAUUUGGGCACAGUAUCAGUAAUCAAAGCGUGGUAUCAACUCAAACAUAAUAGCGUACCCGUCUCCAGACAGCCAGUGAUCUCAAAUAUAGCAGAAGAAGUCUCUGACUACGGCCUGUCAAUCGUCUCACACGACGGUAUGAUCAAAUGGCUUUGGGAAUACUCAUCCGUCGAAGAUUUCGGAUACAGUCGCAUUCUGCCAUUUACAAUACAGCCGGGCAAAACAGAAGAGUCAGAUUCUACCUCAAGGCUCUUCAUCCAGAGUCCCGACAGGAAAGGUAAAUACACAGGCGUUCUCGGACAGGAAGAUUACGAAAAGGUGAUGGGUCUUGCCGAUAUACAGUCCUGUUACGUGCGCCAUUGCAACGGAGCAAUGGCGGUUUCCCUUACAUUCCCUCGCUCCCAGUCCGAUCCGGAGGAAUUGAAACCGCUCAAGGUAUCAUAUUCAGGGGAUUGUAGACCGAGUCAGAAUUUCGCUCAGAUUGGACGCCAUAGUACCGUGUUAAUUCAUGAAGCAACCUUUGAUGAUGAGUUGCUGGGAGACGCGAAGGCGAAGAAACACUCGACUACCUCCGAAGCUCUCGGUAUUGGUGCGCAAAUGGAUGCGAAGGCCGUAGUGUUAACACAUUUCAGCCAACGCUACCAAAAGAUACCGAUCCUCGAGACUGUGCAGGAUGACGAACAGGUUGGCACGCAGAGUGCGGAUCUUAUGGAAGGCGUGCAAGAAGAGGAUGACGAGGCAGAAGACGAUGGCCCAGCCGAUAACAUGGAUGCACACUCAUCGGCGGCAACCGUUACUGCACCACCAAAUGGAGCGGUGUCAUCGGAAAAGCCGAGAGCCAAAGACGAGGGGCAUGAGCAGGUCGUCAAGGUCCGAUCAAAAGAUAUGAAGGUGGCCGUCGCCUUUGAUUAUAUGCGUGUCAAGAUCGGCGAGAUCGCACAACUAGAAAAGUUCAACGACGCGCUGACCAAGCUUUUGACCAAGGAGGAAGAAGUCGAUGACCACGACGAUGAUGCAGAACAGCCGACUAUCAAUGCUAACGGUAAGAAAGCUAGCGGUGAUGAAGGUCAUGGUGCAAAGAAGAACAAAAAAAGCAAGAGAAAUAAAUGA